CCGCUCCUGAGAUCCACACGGGUUGCUGCGGGCGAGCGGAGGUUGCGGGGACGAGUGGCAGGCACGGCGGGAGCACUGCCUUCGCCUCCGUCUCUGCCGGCCCUGCCAGCCCUGCCUACUCUGCCGGCCCUGCUGACCCCACGCCGGACGUUGCCCGAUUUCACGCCUCGAUCCCGCGGAUCCAUGGCGUCAGCAACUCCGGCGGAAGGCCUCGCGCAAUCCCCGCCUCCUCCUUCCGCCUCUCACGCGGAAGCUGGUGCCACGUGGCAUGCGGGCGCGUCGUCGCAGGCGCAGUCGCAGACCCCGUCGGCGGAGCCUGCGGGGAAAUCCCAAGGCCCGGGCGAAGCAGCUACGCAAGGCCCCGGUGCCGGGGGGGAGGGGGAAACCGGGUCAGUUUCCGCGGGUGUUUCCUCCGCCGUUGACGAUUUACCUGCUGACGCUGCUCCCGCUGCUUCUCCCGCUGCUGCUGAAUCUGCUGCUUCUGCUGCUGCUGCUGCUGCUGCUCCCGUUGCUCCCGUUGCUGCUGCCGCUGCUGCUCCCGCUGCUGCUCCCGCUGCUGCUGCCGCUGCUGAGGAACAGUUAUCGAGCGCGUCAGCCGUCGCUCCCGCAAUUCCCGCCGCGGCCGGUAGCAGCAGCAGCUCGCUCAACGCCGACGCGCCGGUGUUUAUCCCGCGGUUCGGCCCGCUGUCAGGCGCAGAUGCUGCGGCAAUCCCGCCGUACCACCCGCUGCUGCCUCUGCCCUUCAACCCGCCUGGGGCGGCGUUCGGGGGAUGGGCGGAGGCGCAGGGGAGUUUCGUGGCGAUGGGGGGAAGCGGGGCGGAGGGCGGGAGGAGAGAGGGGCGGGGCGGGGGGGUGGCGGGUGGUAGUGGUGCGAGCGGAAUGACUCGUGGGCAAGGGCAACGACAUGGGCACUCGCAGGGACACGCGCAUGGGCAGGCGCACGGGCAGGCGCACGGGCAGGCGCAUGGGCAGGCGCAUGGGCAGGCGCAUGGGCAGGCGCAUGGGCAGGCACAGGGACACGCCUCACAUGGGCACGGGCAUGGGCAGGCGCAUGGGCGGCAGGAGAAGGGCGUGAAAGGGAAGCAGGAGGCGGGGGAAGGUGCGGUUGGUCACAGCAAGGCGACACCGGAGCAAGUGGCUGCUGUGAAAGAGACCCUGGUGACACUGGUGGAGUUCUACUUCAGUGACCAGAACCUCCCCUUCGACCACACUCUCCUCAGCAUGAUCAACCGCGACGCCCAAGGCUUCGUUUCUCUCAGGUCCCUUGCCAAGUUCAGCGAGGUGCGCUGCUUGCUGCCACCCAGCAUGCAGCCUGCCAACAGUGCGCAUGCCAACGCGGGGGCUGCGCUCAUUGCAUCGCUGCUUGCAGACGGCAUUCGUCAAGGCUCCAGUACCCUGGUGGUGAGUGAGGACGGUGCGCGUGUGCGCAGGGUGCACCCGUUGCCCUUCACGGACGUGGACGAGUUGCAGGCGCGCACAGUGCUGGCCGACCACCUCCCGCCUGCGCUCUCCCUCUCCGCCAUAGAAGACCUCUUCAAGCAGGCUGGCAGGGUGCGCAUGGUGCGUCUCUGCAGGCCCCAGGCCUCUGAUCACGCUGCGGCUCCUGCUGCUUCCGCUGCCACCCUUGUGCGAGUUGCCCCUCCUACUUUAGCCGCUUCCGCUGCUGCUGAUUUUCAUGCACUAAUCGAGUACGCCACAGUGGAAGAAGCCCUCAAUGCGGCAGAGACUUUAAAUAGCAACGACUGGCGCCGUGGAAUGCAUGUGAAGCUGUUCAAGAAGCCCACCAAAAAGCAAUUGAAGCAUCAGCAGCAGCAGCAGCAGCAGCAGGGAGGGGCAGGCAAGGGGAAGAAGUCAGGGGGCAGGGUCGAGGCUCAUAGGGACACAGGGGAGAGGGAUGAGGGUGGGGUGGAGCGGGCAGAGAAGAGCAACUUGGGUGGAGGCGAGGGAGGGCCGGCAUCGGAGACAGACAGUGAUGGCCAGCACGCGCAUUCACAGGUGUGUUCAGGAGACCCCCUCUGUGACUCCUGCCCUGCUGUGCCUGGUGCAUCGCCCCCUGCACACGGCAAGAAGGGCAGGGCGGGGAAGGGCAGGGGAAGAGGGGGAGGAGGGGGUGGGGGAGGCAGGCACGGGGCAACAGGGGGCGGGGGAGGAGCAGGAGGAUCUCCUGGGGGGGUUGGGGGGCCAGGGGGUGGUGCUCUAGGCUGUGAAUCUGGUGCAGCCGUUGCUUCUAUUGGCAGUGGGGGCGGUGGCGUGGAGGGUGGGAGCAAGCCGCUGCCAGGGCCGAGAGGGCCGGAUGGCACCAGAGGGUUCUCCAUGGGGCGAGGGAAACGCAUGCCCGGCACGUGAAGGGUGGGGGGGGUGUAGGGAGACUGGUGCUGUAGUCGCCUCACUAGUUGCUCCAAGGGUGGGAGCAGCAGAGACACACACGCUGCCCGAUGUAGCAGAGGGCCCAAUGGUAGUAGGUGCAUGUCCACAGGGCGGGGCAAGUGCAUGCCUGGCACGUG